AGUUGAAAGAAAGGGAGAGAGGAGAGGAAGUCAGCUUGAAGAGGGUGAACCACAGACACUGCCAAGAAAUGAUGAUGUCACUGUCAAGGUGCACAGACUGAAACAAGACUCAGAAAUGAAAAGAGAGGUGACGGGAGAGAGAAAGAUUGCAGUGGAGCAUUAGAUCUUUGCUAUUGCAGGGUUGUAGCCGGGUUCAGCGCCUAAAACUGGGGGGGGGGGACCCCUGAGCUGAGAUGUUUUACUGCAUUGGACCUGAAACAUUUGGAGAAGCAAGACCACCCACGACCUUCACUCCCCUCCAGUGCGCUCACAGCCCCUCCUGUAAAAGGAAAAGAGGUAGAAGGGAGCGAGCAGAGAGUAGAAAGAGGAAGCAGCAUGUUGCUAACUAAAUCCUGCCUUGGCUUCAGCACUUCUCGGUUUUGUUUAGCCAUAAAACGAUGUGCUCGGAGGGACAUUUCUCACUUGGAUUGGCUGUGACUGCGAGAUGACUGGAGGUUUUCUGAGUGUUCCCAUCAUGAGGCCUUACCCCUGCUGGACCGUCCUGCAUGCGUCCAUCUUGGCAGGGCUGCUUCUCACCUUAAACGCUGACAGUAAGGAUUCAACUUGUGAAUUAGAAAUUAGAGUACACCACGGCAAGGUUUAUGAAGCUCUCCUUGGGGAAGACCUUCGGAUUGACUGCCCAGUUACUUUCUGCAACAAUUCCCCACCGACAGUCUCCUGGUUUAAAUAUGAGACAACUAAAUUGUCCGUCCCUUUCGAUGUCAGCAGUAGCAGUCAUAUUAAAACGGAGUGGACUCUUUCAAAGCCGUUAGAAGGGAUGUCGUAUUUGAUCUUCCAAAAAAUACUCAGAAACGACUCAGGUGAGUAUCAGUGUCGAGCUGGAGGCAGUGUGAGUCAUAACGUCAACAUCUCUGUCCAUGGUGAUGGUGAGAGUAAUGGUACACGGAAUGACCCAAAAACAAAGACUUUAUAUCCUGGACACGGAGAAAAUCUAUGGGUGUACAUGUACUUUGCAGCUGGGAUUGUGCCAUUUGUCAUCAUAGUGAUCAUUUUAUCCGUUUUGUCAAUGCGAGGGUGUAAAGGGAAGCCAAAGAAAGAGUUGCAAACUGAAAAUCAGUACAUGGCGAUACCCAUGGUGGAGCAACCCUUCCCACACGCCAGCCCCCAGCCCUCGCCAAGAGGAACCCCCUCUGCGCCGCCAUCUCGGAGGUCCACCCGGAAGACUACACCGCCCUCACAACCCCAUGAGCUGCCAACACCAAGAGACAACGAGGAAGAGGGGAGUUCUGUUGUGUAUGCUGCUCUCAACCACCAGCUUCCAGCGGGGGCUGCUGCUCGGCCGCCACGGAGACGACAGCAGGAGACUUCAGAGUACGCGGCUAUCCGUGUUCAAGACCCAUCACCCAGUAUAAAUUACUUCUGAGUGGACGACAGUUCGCAUUAGCCGGAGUAAUGUGAUGUUGGAGAGAGUAAAUGGGGCCAGGACCAUGUUUGAUACUGGUGCAUCCCAGAGGAGCUCAGCAGAGUGAUUAAAGGAGAUACAGAAAACUCGCCCUGGACAGUUUUUUUUCCAUUUGCGUUUUUGUAA